AUGGAAGCCGACGAUCCAACGGGAACCCCCCACAAUCUGCACUCCGUUCUGGGCAAAAGAGAGGCGGGAUCUGAUACAGCACACCGAGCCGAACAGUCAACAGCGCCGGGGGGAGGGAGGCCAGCCGCUGAAUCGCGACCCUUACACCGGAUUGUAGAGGAGAAGGGGGAAGAACCGUGCUGCGAACACAAGGAGCAACUGGAGGAGGCACGCCGCCUCCUCGACCUCGCCAUGCGCGAGCUCGAGGCCACCCGCGCUGCCGCGGCCGCUCAGUCGCAGCUCCACGAUGCGCGCGCGCACACGCUCGAGGAGCAGCUGCGCGUUGCGCGCGCCGAGCGCGACGCUGCACACGAGCGCAUCAAGGCGCUCGGGGAAAGCGAGCGCGCGCGGGCACGCGCGCACGCCGAGCCGCCCUCGCCCUCGACGACGCUCCUCUUCGAGACGCCCCUCCCGAGCCCCAAUCCGACGGUCCAGAUCGCGCAGCAGCUGGCCGACGUCCGGCAACAACUGGAGCAGAUACGACAACAACGGGCGGUCCCCGUCGGUACGUACCCCUCGGGCAGCCAAACCGCCCACCCGACGAUACCGUCCCGGUCGGAGGACCCCUCGGGGGAUCCCCCUCAAAUGAGAUCGACGCUCCCGCCCCCAAUGCACCGAAUACCGUCCCCCAUGCCCAACCUCCCAACCACGGCGUUCUCGCUCCCCCCUGUUGCCACCGAAAGCGUUUCUACCGCCACGCCGUCGGUUCCAAACCCGCGCCAAUCCCCCGGUCCGUCCUUCCAACCCUCCGCCGCCGCGUCACAGCCGUCGGAACCGAUCCCGCGGGCGCCGUUCCGGACGGCGCCCCCGUUUCACACCCCCGCUCAACCGAGCGUCUCGCAAGCGGCUCCGCCUCGACAGUUCCCCCCCGAACCGCCCGGUAUGACGCUCCCCCGACAGGGGGAACUCCUACGGACGAUCGAGCGCGCCGCCCCCCUCCUAAACAUUCUCAUGCUCGGAUCCUUGGGUCCACUGCCUCGGUGGAAGAAUCCCCCCUACGCAGCGCGACCACCCCCCGCCCCGGCGUUACUUCGGCACGUGCCUGCGCCGUCGUAUUCUCCGUCGAUCCCCGGGGGCCAGUCCUUUUCCGCUCCAGGUCCCCCCCCUUUGUACGGAGAAGCCCCACGGGCGAGUGUCCCGGCGACCUCCGACCCGGCUUCUUUGCACGUGAGGUCGCCCCUGGCUCACCCCUCAAACCCCUUUUCGGCGCCCGCUGGGGCUAGUCAACUGACUGGACAGUCGCCGGGCUCCCAGAGUUGGCAGUAUGCUCAGGCGAUGGGGGAAGCCUCUUCGCAAGGCGCGCAGAAUGUGGCCAGCCAGCCGCAUCCCCACCCCUUUUCUGCGCCUCGGUUAGGGGGGGAGACGGAUCCACAUGGCCUUGGUUUAGACCGACCGGGGCAAACUUCGAGACAGGUGCAGGCUGGCACGUCUCAGGUCUCGACAGCCCUUCAGCAUAUGCGCGGACAGACAUGAACGCGGAGGGCAGUCGUAUUUCCUAGUACCGCGCGGCCGUCAAUAUGAACGCUUGGAUAGCUCAGUUUGUGUAUUCUGUAUCCUCUAACACGGCGCCGCCACGGACUAGGUCCAUAAGUCGGAGAAUCAGCAGGGAGCUCUUGAUCAAUCUUAGAUUGUCUCGAACAUAGACUUGUAGGCGGGUGCAUAAGCGGCCCAAAGUGCGCGUUACAGCUCGCGAAAGGAACAGGAUAGGACCCUUUGGCCUGCAAUCGAAAAGGUGGUUCGCCCUCUGUGCGAUCUCGAAGUUGUGACUUCCAAGUUGGUUACGGCUUCUCUGUUUUGAAGUCUAUAGAUAGGAGUGGUAAAGGUCAGCACGACCAUUUCGUGCCGUCGCGCAUAAAGUUCUUCAAGUUCGAUUGAUGAAAUUUUCGGACUUAUGCGCAGACAUAUUGAAAGUCGAGAGCCCACAAGUCGACUCACGCUACGUCAGAUUCAAGUAAACGUCUUCGGU